AUGCAAGCGGCUGCUGUUGCCGAAGACAAGGGACUGAUAGCAGACGCAGUACUAUUAUACCACCUGGCUGAAGACUAUGACCGCGUCAUUGACAUCAUCAACGGCGCACUGUCCGACUCUGUGGCCGUUGAAUUGGGCGACCCUGCGUUAAGAUUGCAGCCUUUGCGGCCACGAUCCCACCCGGAGUCCACUCCUGCUGAGCCAGGCAGUAGUCUCAGCUUGACUACAGUGGAAGACCCAGUGGUUCUGGCAAAGAACAUGAUUGGACUUUACAAUAUGAAUGCCAUGUAUUACCAGCGAAUCCGUCAGGUGAACCGGGAUACGUGUGGUCUGCUUCUCCGCAUGAUGGAGGCAAAGGCAGAGGUCCAGGCCGGCAAGUGGACCUCGGCGCUCGAUGCCAUCAACGCACUGAAUAUUCUCCCGCUCCGCGCCAAAGGCUCCGUUCCACACAUUCGCAGCGCGGCGCAGGCUUUCUCGUCGUUCCCCCCAAUAAUCUCCCGCAAUGUCGGGCAUGUGAUAAUGUGGAGCAUUACAUGCAUCGGGCACGAAAGGCAGCGGUUGGACUCCGGGGCGUAUGAAAAUGAAAUGAGACAGGGACUGGCGGACGAAUUGCUGGUCAUGGCCAAGGACCUAAUGAUUUUCUCCGGGAUGGUCAAAUACAAACUGCCACCCAGAGUGUAUGAGACACUAGCGCGGGCAGGUGCAGACAUUGGCGCGUAUUAG